AUGUCUUCUCGACUCAGGACGAGCAGCGCGGGCCUGGGCAGCGGUGGCUCGGGCGGCGUCCCUGCAACGCCAGCACGGUCGAUGCGGAAGCGCAAUAACCUGCAGCUGAGCGCCAAGCAGUUUGACAAGAUGUCGCGGAGGAUUGCGGCGGUCCAAAAGUCGGCCACCAAGCAUGGCCGAGCAGACACGCCCGACGAGGUCAACGAGGAGACGGCAGGCAUCGCUCGGAUCGACAGCAUCCCCGAGCUCGGGGAGGGAGGCCAUCGCCGCACCUCGUCGUACGUCAUUGCAGAGGGCGACGAAGGUGCGCCCGACCCGAGCGAACCAAAGGUGCGCACCACCACCGAGUUCCACCUGAGACGGUUCGGCAAGGCUCCCAUCUCGCGCGGGCUCAGCCAGGGCGCCGGCAAGGGGCCAGACGGAGCGGCGCUGGCGGCUGCGGCGGCCAAGUCGCUCAAGGGCAAGGGACAUGCCCACCCGGACUCGUUCCUCAACGAGGGCAGCUUCAUCUUCAACCCACUGAACCGAAGAGUGCCGCAGCCGAGCCCGCGCAAGGCCAGGACGGCAUCUGGGUCGUCGAAACCGCACGUCAAGGCAGUCUCCGACCCGUCCUCAUCCACACGCCCGGCGACACUACCCACGCAGCCUGGGCCGAGCAGUGCGACCCGCACCGCCGCCGCAACUACCGCUCCAACCACCCAGGGCGCAGACGGCGCACACGACAGCGAAGAUGCUGCCAUUCCGCUCUCGAGAGCCGACAAGGAGAUCCAGGAGGCGCUGAUCCUCGAGGAUCUGCUCCACGUCAUGCUGGGAGUCGAAGGCCAGUACAUCCAGUACGCCGAGGGCUACGACCCCGAGAGCCCGGCGAGCCGGCUCAAGGGAGCCACGUUCACCAUCGACCCCGCGUUAGACCCGCCGCUCAAGGACCUGGCCGAGAGGGUCCUGCCGAUUGCCACCUACUUCACCUCGAUCUCCGCCUUUAUCGAGAUGGACAGCGGUCUCGAGUACGGAACGGUCAACCACGCGCUGUGCUCGGGCAUCCGCGACCUGCUGCAGGACUACGAAGUGCUCGUGGUGCAGCUCGAGCACCAGCUGGCCACGUCGCCGACGUUUACGCUGCAGAAGCUGUGGUGUUGGAUCCAGGAGACGCUGCGGACGCUGCAGAUGGUGCACUCGCUGACCGAGGAGAUUGCCAGCAUCACGCACGCCGACCUGUUUGAGCAGGACGACGACGACGACUCGAGCGACAGCGACGACGGCAGCGAGAUCAGCGGCACGUCGCAGCUCGAGCGCGAGAGGCGGGCGCUGCUCGGCCUCGACGACCCGCAGGAGGAGGGCAUCGAGGGCGGCAUCGCCAAGGGCGGCGAGGUGCUGUCGAUGCUGUGGACCCGGAUCACCAAGAUGAGCGGCGAUCCCAAGGCGCACCGGCUCUACACGACGCUGUUCCACCGCGCCUCGCAGCCGUACGCGCGGACGCUGGUCAAGUGGAUCACGACGGGCGAUCUGUCGGACACAUAUGAGGAGUUCAUGGUCAUGGAGGACGCCAAGGUGACGCGCGCCAGCCUCGAGUCGGACCCGACCGACGAGUACUGGGAGACGCGAUACACGCUGCGCGACGAGACGAUGCUCGCGCGGCGCGAGCGGCAGAGGCAGCUCGGCCUCGACAUCGACGCGGACCUCGAGGGCGACGAGAGCGACGAGGCCACGACGCGCGGCUUUCUGACGGGCGGCGCAAAGAUCCCGACGUUCCUCGAGCCGUGGAAGCACAAGAUCCUGCUGGCCGGCAAGUAUCUCAACGUGAUUCGCGAAUGCGGGCUCGAGGUCAAGCAGCCAGACGAUGGCAGCGACGGCGCGGCGGCCGAGGACCGCGAGACGAUCGUCAUGAACGACGAAAACUUCUUCCGGCGCAUCGAGUCGGCCUACCAAAAGGCCAACAGUGAGCUGCUGCGGCUGCUGAUCCAGGACCAGCACAUCAUCGAGCGCCUGCGCGCCGUCAAGCACUUCCUCUUCUACUCUGAGUCCGACUUCCUCAUGUCGUUCCUCGAGCAGGCGGGCCACGAGCUGCGCAAGACGGUCAACCCGCAGCGGAUCCGCGAGACGACCCAGGUGCGGCUGCAGACGCACCUCGGCGCCGUGCUGGGCAGCUCGUCGACGGUCGGCUUCCACGACCCGUACCGCGAGGACAUCCGCGUCGAGCUCGCGUCCGAGGGCGCCUACGAGCAGCUCAAGCGCAUCGCCGACAUCAAGGGCGGCAUCGAAUCGACCAAGGCGCUGCAGAAGGCCGAAAAGGCCAAGCAGAAGGCGGGCAAGGACAAGGAAGCGGUCGUGUCGAGCCUGUUCCAGUUUGACGUUGCGGUCAAGUUUCCGGUGUCGCUCGUCAUCUCCAAGAAGAACAUCCUGCGAUGGCAGUUCGUGCACCGGUGUCUGACCAACCUCAAGAUGCUGGAGCGCGCGCUGUGCGACGUGUGGACCGAGCACAACGAGGCGCACUGGCGCACGCCGAUCCGGGACCACGCUCCGCUCGAGGCGUGGAAGCGGCGCGUGUUCAAGCUUCGUCACCGUAUGACCUUCUUCAUCCAGCAGGUGCUGGCGUUCCAGAUGAUGGAGGUCAUUGAGCCCAACUGGCGCGACCUCGAGGCCAAGAUGGAGCACGCCAAGACCGUCGACCAGUUCAUGAAGGACCAUUUUGAGUACCUCAACCGGUGCAGGAAGGAAUGCAUGCUCACUGAUCUGCGGUACCUCGAGUACCACAGCCGGUUGAUGAACUACGUCUCAGUCUUUCAUGAGAACCGCGUGCGCUUCCGGGAUCAGCUGCAGAUCGAGUGCAGCCGGUGGGAAGCCGAGAAGCUGGAAAAGGGAGCCGAGGCCGCCCAGCCGUCGAUCCAGCAGGCCACCAUCGACUUCCUGGCCAAGUUUGAACACGCGUGGGACCGUGGUGUCAGGACGCUCAGAGACAUCGUCAACCUGCUCUCGACCACGGACAACCCUGCCGCCUUGCCGCUGGCGUAUCGGCUUCAGAGCGCGCUGCUCUGA